AUGAGUGUAACUCAUAAGGGAGACGGUGAGGCCGCCGUGAGGGAUACUGCUCCGCCCUUGCAAGGAGGCGAGGGCGCCGCCGCCGCCCCUCCCGGAGCGACGCCGACACCUUCCCGCGUGGCGAGCGCCGUCUCGUCACGCUCCUCUUCUACAAUCGUGGCGCGCCAGCUGGAGGCGAGGGCGCAACAUGCGCGCCGUCUGGCUGAGAUGGAUAAGGAACGAGAGCGGCAGGCCGCGGAGCGCGAGCGCCAAGUGGCAGAGCGUGCCGCGGAGCGCGAGCGCCAUGUUGCCGAGCUCGAGCUGAAAGCCAGUCUCGCCGCCAUAGAGGCGGGCGCUAGCCGACGUGGAAGUCAUGGCACGCGUAGUCGUGCAAGUGUACAGGAAUGGGUAAAUAAUACGAUUCCUAAUACCUUUGAACAACAUUUAUUAAGUGCCAACCCACCUUUCAGGUCUGUCGAUGUUGCGGCCCAGCGCGAGCCACUGGGACCGAGAGAGCCGCACGGCAUGAGUGCCGCGGCAAAUAAAAACUCUCACGAGCAAUACUGCCCUGAAGACGGAGGAGUGACUCGCUUAGUAAAUUCGCUCGAUAAGCUAAUAAAUAAAGUAAACCAAACGAAGACGGAUUUACCUAACUUUGACGGCAAGUCGUACCUGGAUUGGUUAGCUUUAAAACGUAUCUACGAAAAUAAAGCCGAUAGUUUUUCUCCUAGUGAAAAUUUAGCUCGAUUGUCUCGCGCCCUGAAAGGGACGGCGCGCGAGGCCGUGGCGGGCCUGCUGGCGGCGGCGCGCGACCCCGGCGCCGUGGUGGCCGCGCUCGACGCGCGCUUCGGCCGCCCCGAGCUCGUCGUCAUGCAUGAAGUGGCAGCGGUGCGUAACCUGCCUAAGGUAAGCUACGACGGUAAGGAUUUAGUGAUUUUUGCAAGCCGUGUGCGUAAUUGCGUAGAAGUUAUCCGCAUGUUAAAUAAGCCCGACCAUUUACGCUCGCCUGAGCUGUUUCAAGCACUAUGGAGCAAACUGCCAGUGCUGCUGCGUCCACGGUGGUUGGAUUAUGCUCAUUCGUGCAAUGGCAGCGCUUCUAAAAUAGAAAUGUUUGCGGAUUUCCUCUCGCGCGAGGUUGACUUGCAGUGCAGAUUUGGAGGCAAUAUUGACCAGGCCUCUGCCCUAAUCCCCCGGCCGAUAGGCAAUAGGGAUAAAGUCAACAAUAUUGCUGAAAAUAAUCAUUCCUCUAAUAGCAUUGAAACUUCUAUAAACUCGAAUAAUAUUUCUGAUAAUAAUUGUUCAUUAUGUCAACAAAAACAUGAUUUAUCGGAUUGUGACAAGUUUGUCAAAAUGUCAAUAAAUGAUAGGUGGCAAUUCAUUAAGAAAAAUAAAAUAUGCCAUAGGUGUUUGAAAAAAGGUUUCCAUAAGAAUAAAACUUCAUGUAUGAAAAAAGUAUGUAGCGUAGUAGGUUGUGAAAUGCGUCAUCAUAAUUUGUUACACGGGUCUAAAUUUGAACGUGUCGUCACCACGCACGUCGACGCCGAGGACAACGACGACGCCGCCGACGACGACUCCGAGGACGACGACGACGAGCAAGUGCCAUCGACGUCCGGCGUGAGCGCGCCCGCCGCCUGCGCCGCUACCGGAGCAGCCGCGACUACUCCGCUGCCUGACGACUCGGAACAUGACAUUCUAACGCAUGCCACCUCUUCAUCGCCCAAGAAGCCUUCCGCGCGGCCGUUGUUGAAAAUUGUCUCUGUCACCGUGUCCGGACCGUCCGGUAGCGUUGACACAUUUGCUUUAUUAGACGACGGAUCGUCAGGAACAUACAUAGACUCAGAAAUAUCUUCUCAAAUUGGAGCCAAGACGUCUGAAAGGCUUAUCCACGUAGAUUGCGUACUCGGUUUAGGCAAGGACGUUAAAGUGCAGUAUGUCAAUUUUAACAUACAGGGUCGUCAUUCAACUGAAGUUCACUCCAUUAAGAAGGCUAGGUCAGUUAAUGGUUUAGGCGCCGCGCGUGAGUUUGCGUAUCAAGAUAGUGUACGCAAAUACCCUCAUCUAGUAGAUAUAGCCGACGAGUUUUGCUACGGAGACGUAAAACCAAUGCUGAUAAUAGGUCUUGACAAUUGGCAUCUCUCUAUUCCCACAGACGUGCGCAAAGGAACCAAAACACAACCUGCAGCUAUUUUGACUGCCCUUGGCUGGGUUUUGUUUGGUUUCGGUUGCAGUAAGACUAAGCGGGUUGACGUUGUCAACCAUAUCUCAUUAAGUGAACCUGACGUCGAAAGUGAUCGUUUUAUGUUAGAACAACUUAUCAGGGAACAAUUUAAGAUCGACGCAAUCGGUAUAUCUAAAAAGGAGGCCCGCAAUGCUGACGAUGAGCGUGCCAUACAAGUUUUAGAGAACACUGCUCACCGUCUGCCGAGCGGCCGGUAUGAGGUUGGCUUGUUGUGGAAGGCUGAUAAUCUGGAUAUUCCCGAUAGCUAUAAGUUAGCAAUGUCCAGAUUCGUAAGCUUAGAAAAGAAAAUGAUUAAAGACCCCUGCUACGCGGAACGUUAUCGUCGCAAUAUUCAUGACAUGUUAUCUAAAGAAUACGCUGAACCAUGUUCAUCACGUGCUGGCCCUGGACGUCCUCUUUGGUAUCUACCUCAUUUUGGUGUGAUUAAUCCCAAUAAACCUAAUAAGUUGCGAACGGUGCACGAUGCAGCUGCAAAAUCUCACGGCGUGUCAUUAAACUCUUUGUUAUUGACUGGCCCUGAUCUUUUGCAACCUUUGCUAGGCAUUCUAAUGCGUUUUCGUGAGGGCGCCGUCGCUUUAAACGCUGAUAUCCGUGAAAUGUUUCCGCAAGUCAAAAUUAUUGAAACUGAUAGAGACGCGCAAAGAUUUUUGUGGCGAGAUACCCCCGGUGAACCGAUUAGAACAUACCGCAUGUCAUCCAUGAUUUUUGGCGCCGCGUCGAGUCCAUUCACUGCCAUACACAUAAAAAAUAAAAACGCUUUAGAAUGGCAGGAAACUUACCCCGACGCGGCUCGAGUAAUCAUCGACGACCAUUAUAUGGACGAUUGCAUUACUAGCUUAGACGACGUCAACAAAGCUGCUAGGCUGGCAGCUGAUAUUUACUCCGUACAUGCGCAUGCCGGCUUCGAGAUGCGCGGCUGGACGUCGAAUAAUCCUAGUGCGCUUUCGUUGUUGCCUAAAGAGUCUUUGCUAGAGGUAUUACCUCGCGCCAAUAAUGGAGAUGUUGAAUUGGGCCGCCUGUCUACGCCCGUUCACACGCUGGGCCUUAUAUGGCAGCCCUUCAAUGACCUGAUUGGUUUUAAUACAGGUGUAAAAAAAGAUACGGUGUUACCUGAAAAGUUAACGAAACGAGAGGUUCUAGUACACGUGAUGAAAAUUUACGAUCCGCUUGGGAUCCUUGCUCCAAUCGUCGUUCGUGGCCGUAUUAUGUUUCAAGACGCUUGGCGCAAGGGCUUAGACUGGGAUCAAGAGCUCUCUCAAUGUGACAGCGCCGCGUGGAAGUUAUGGUUUCAAGACCUGAUCUCCACUUCCAGUUUGCGAAUACCACGCCGCUACAACUUGAGCGAGCUCGAGGUAGAGGGAUGCGAGUUACAUGUGUUUUCGGAUGCGAGUGAGACUGCCUAUGCUGCUGUGGCCUAUUGGCGCUUUCUAUAUGUAAAUGGUGACGUGAGACUCUCCCUCAUCUGUAGUAAAAUGCGCGUGUCCCCAAUUAAACCUGUCUCCAUUCCUCGUUUAGAACUUCAAGGCGCACUAAUAGCUGCGCGCCUUGCUACGACAAUAUGCGAAGCCCAUCGGUUGAAGCCAAUGAGACGUGUUUUCUGGUGCGACUCAAUGACUGCGCUAGGUUGGCUUCGUAGUGAUGCGCGUACCCUUAAACCCUUUGUGUCCCACAGAGUUGGUGAGAUACUGGAGCUUACAAAUAUCAGUGAGUGGCGUUGGGUACCGAGUGACCUAAACGUAGCCGAUGACGCUACACGCGUCAAACGUUUUGUGCUCUCUCCAGAAUCUCGCUGGAUCUCAGGGCCUACCUUUCUCCUGUCCUCGUCCUGGCCCGCUGAACCUCAAAUUGAUGUUAGUGGAUUAGGACGUGAAGAGUUUAAAAAUGUCAUUCAUCUGAUCACCGAAAUUGAGCUGCCCGCACCAAUCUCUGCAGAUCCAUAUCGUUUCAGCUCAUGGCUGAGAAUGGUGCGAGCAACGGCAAAGGCGCAUCAAUUCAUAUCGUUAUUGCGAUUGCGUAGUAUGAGAAGACGAGACGCGAACUUCAACCUCCCUCGUCUUGAAGGACACUUAUGUACCUUCCAUCCACCUUGCACAUCCUCUCCUGGUACCGCGAACCCCCCUAAUAACCAACCGAGAAUAACUGCGAACGAUAUCCGUCUAGCCGAAACCCAUAUUUUACGUCAGAGUCAACUUGAUUCCUUCAAAGAGGACAUUUUGAGAGUGAAUAACGGAGACCCGUUGCCUCGAAGCAGCCGCCUUUUUAAACUAUCCCCAUUCAUAGAUAACAAUGACCAACUCAGAAUGUUCAGUCGUAUAGCAGCUGCAACAGGCGUCACUGAUGAAGUUAAACGACCCCUGAUCUUGGACGGAAAGCACCCAGCAGUACGCCUACUUAUAGCAAGAUACCACCAAAAGGCUGGCCACGCAAACAAAGAAAAGGUCCUGAACGAACUCCACCAAAGAUUUUGGAUAUUGGGCCUCAGAAAUGCUGUCCGAUCAGUAACCCACGCAUGUCAGUUUUGCAAACUUCACCGCGCCAGAGCAUUCACGCCACCAAUGGGAGAUCUACCGGAGUCCCGAUUAGCUCAUCAUCAAAGACCAUUUUCCUUUGUCGGUCUUGACUACUUUGGGCCUGUGCUCGUUUCAGUUGGUCGAAGAAGAGAGAAACGCUACGUUGCUCUAUUUACGUGCCUCGUCAUCCGCGCUGUACAUCUUGAAGUGGUACAUAGUUUAUCGACAGACGCGGCCAUAAUGUGUCUACGCCGUUUUAUUGCUCGUCGAGGCACACCGCAAGAGAUCUGGUCAGACCACGGAACAGCCUUUGUUGGGGCAAGCAGGGAGUUACAAGCUCUUUACGGCAACUCAGUUGAAAAUUAUGCAGCUAAUGAAUCAAUCAAUUGGCGUUUCAUUCCUCCGGCAGCACCUUUUAUGGGCGGUGCAUGGGAGCGUUUAAUUCGCAGCGUUAAAGAAGCCCUGAAGACAACCCUAAGAGAACAGGCUCCCUCAGAUGAAGUUCUGAGCACACUAUUGGCGGAGGCUGAAGCCAUUGUUAACACACGACCACUCACGCACGUUUCACUUGAUUCUGAUGCUGACGAAGCGUUGACCCCGUCGCAUUUUAUACUCACAUCUCCGUCUGGGCCCCCUAUUCCCGCUACUUUGACCGAAGCCGACCUCUUGAGCAGAAAUAAGUGGCGCAGGGCGGUAAGGCUAGCCGACCACUUCUGGCAGCGCUGGGUCAGGGAAUACCUUCCCUCCUUAUCACCACGGACAGGAGGAGGAUCUCCGCCUAAUAUCGCGAUUGGGGACAUCGUAAUAAUUUGUGAUUCAAACCUGCCUCGAGGCUCUUGGCCCAAGGGUCGUGUCACCGCCGUAUACCCCGGCAGAGACGGGAUAAUCAGAGUGGCAGAUGUCGCCACUGCUGCUGGGGUGUUUCGCAGACCCCUCAAGAAGCUCGCGAAAAUACACGAUCGGAUCGAGACCCUGUGCAGCGAGGAAGGCGACAUCGAGGCCCAAGGGGCCGAACGUGAGUCUUUCGAGGACACAUUUUACCUACUUAGCGCAAAGGGACAGCUGCUGACGAAAAAAGAGGACCAAAUUAUUGAUCAGUCCCACAAUCAGCAAACCCCGCAGCAGCAGUCCCUCGGAUUUCAAAAACUUCCUAAAGAAUCGAGCUGA